AUGUCAAAUUGGGUUGGUUAUGCUGUUUCUGUUAAUUGUGGUGAGCCACUUGGAUGUUACCAGGGGACAAUCUUGGAAACCGAUGGCAGUACUAUAACCCUUACAAAAGCCUUCAGAAAUGGAUUUCCGUAUCCUAAAUCUCAGGUCACUCUCAACGCUGCUGACAUAAAAGAUUUGAAAAUAAUAGAGGAGUCACGACCAGAACCAGUACAGCAAACUCACAGCACAGUAGCAGUCACCAAGAGUAACAAAAAAGGGCAACGUGCUACAGUCUGUGAGAAUUUACAAGCCAAUCCAUCUAAUGUAACUAGUGCAGUUAAUAAUCAGCAAAAUACAAGUAAUGUGAAUCAAACAAAUGCUUCAAAAGGUAUUACCUCUACUAGAAGUACUGGUCAGGGGCCCACACGAAGCAAGCCUAUUGAUAUCCAAGGUUCAAGGAUAAAUAAAAAUAGCAAUCAUGCAGGGUGCCAGGCUGGCAGCUGGGGUGCGGGUGGCGCGGGUGGUACGGGGGGUGGCGGGGGCUCGACGCCCGGAGGGCGGGGGCGCGGCGGCGCGCAGGAGAAGGCGCGGCGCCGCAACGAGGCGUGCUUCGGCGACGCCGCAGACCCCGCGCUACUCGACGACUUCGAUUUCGAGGGCAACCUCGCGCUCUUCGACAAGCAGAGGAGGCGGGCGGGGGGCGGCCGGCUGCGGCACGACGAGAGCGUGCUGGGCGCGGGGCCGGGGGCGGGGGCGGCGCGCGCGCUGGUGCUGCCGGACGAGCUGCGUGGCCCGCUGGACUACCGCACGGAUGACGGCGUGCUGCUGCCCAGCGCCACCAGCGCGCUGCGCCGCAGCCUGUGGACCGCACUGCGCGAGAGCUCCCCCGCCGCGGCCCUGUGUGCGCACGUGCUGAUGGCGCGCGCUUGCGCGGACGUGGCGUUGCGGCUGGUGGGCGGCGGACGGCGGCUGGACGCGCGCAACGCGCACCAGGCGCCUGUGUGCGUGGCGCUGGCGGGCGCGCACCGCACCGGAGCCGCGGCCGUGCUCGCCGCGCGUCUGCUGCACGCACACGCGGCGCGCGCGCACGUGCUGCCCGCAGGAGAUCCUGUAGCUGCGGCGAACUGCUCGCUGCUUCAGAGGGAGCUGGCCGAGUUUAAGCUGAACGGCGGCAAAGUCGUGAGCUGCACGGACGCAUUGCCUAGCCCAGAUCUGGUGAUCAUCGCAUUGCACGACCCACAGGAGCCACACGAGCCCGAGCAGUACGAGGAGGCGCUGCGCUGGGUGUCAGUGUCACGGGGCGCGGUGGUGGCGCUGGAGCCGCCGGGCGAGGGAGGUGAGGGGGGGCGGCGGGUGGGACGGUGUGCGCGCGCGCGCCGCGCUGCUGGGUCUGGUGCCGGCCGCGCUGGCACCGGCGCUGGGGCGCGCCUACCUGGCCAACCUGGCGCCGCCGCCCGCCAUCUUCCGCGACCGCGCGCUGCACUACCGCCCGCCCUUCGGCGCCGCCGCACUGCUGCCGCUGCACCCGCACCCGCACUAGCACUGCUGUACCGCACCGCACCGCACAUCACCACACCGCGUCGGACACCCAUCAACACACAUGCUUACAUACAACUAUAA